AUGGAUCCGCAACCUCGCCGGCGGAGAAGGCGACCGGCCCUCUCCUGCGUCGAGUGUCGCCGCCGCAAGAUCAAGUGCGACCGGAACAACCCCUGCAGCCAUUGCGUGUCAACAAAAGCCCGGUGUACAUACAGAGUGUAUAACGAUGGUCCGGCUCUUUGCCCCUAUACGGAACAACUCCACUCCCUGAACGAAACACCAAGUCCAACAGCCCCUUCAUCUUCGCCCACACUAGCUCCGGACCGACGGGCAGAGGAUUCCGGCAGACCAAUACGCAAUAAUAAUAGCUACUCAUCGACAGCGCCUACUGUCGUGUCGACAGCACUACCUGUAAUGCCAACACCAGCAACUGGAACCGCGUCAACGGAAACGCAGGAUGACGGAACUCUCCUCGUCGAUCGUACUGGUAUCCAACCAUCGACGCAUAAACCGAACGUCCAGUCAGAUCUCCAGGAUAUCCUACAGAGGUUACGGAAACUUGAGGAAUCUUCCUCGUCCGGUCCCGACCCGAGCCGGGAUAUCCUCUCGCUCCAUUACGGGCCCGUUCAGGAUAGCCAAAUUGUUCUGAAUAAGACCCGAGUGCUAAGAUGGAGCUUCUGGACGGGCAUGUCAGGAGAUUCACCCAGAGGUGCCGAAACCUCUGAUCUUAUCGCUCAAAUGGGCGACCUCCUCCGAAAAUGCAAGUUUGUUGCCAAAAGCCUCAAAGCCUGGCGGCCCAGCAGGUCUCUCAUGGCACCCGGGCUCAUUCUUGCGCCUCCACCCCGAGAAACCGCCGAUGCAAUGUCUACUCUCUAUUUUCAGUCCUUCGAGUCGACAUACCGAAUUCUCCAUAGACCGAGCUUUUGGGCUGAGUACGAGAGAUACUGGGAUGAUCCCGGUAGUGCCUCUACAAGCCUCCGACUAAAAGUCCUCCUCGUUAUCGCCAUAGGAUCGAGUCUCCAUGAGCAAGACGACGCUGACUCCGAAUUCCGUAACCAGGUCUAUCAGUGGAUAUAUGCUGCCCAAACAUGGUUAUCUGGGCCUUUGGAGAAAGACCGCCUGAGCUUCGCGGGGUUGCAGAUUCACUGCCUUAUGAUUCUUGCUCGCCAAAUCUUUUCCGUGGGUGGUGACUUGGUUUGGAUAUCAAUAGGGUCUCUUGUUCACCAGGCCAUGCAGAUGGGGUUAAGUAGAGAUCCCAAACACCUCCCACCCAUGUCUAUCUUGAAAGCAGAACUGCGGAGGAGGCUAUGGGCUACUAUCCUCGAGAUGGCUGUACAAGCGUCUCUAGAUUCAGCCAUGCCUCCACGGAUUUCCUUGGACGAGUUUGACACGGCAGCCCCCUCUAACGUCAACGAUGAAGAUAUGGAUGAAUCCACAGUGGAACUCCAUUCCCGCCCUACAUCUAUCUAUACCGAAACUUCGAUGCAACUGAUCCUUCUCGACUCACUGCCAACGCGCCUUCGAAUUUUGCGGCUUUUGAACGACUUGCACUCUGAGCUCUCAUACCCCGACAUCCUUUCUCUCAGCUCGGAAAUAACAGAAGCCUCUCGAGUAUACACCAAACUCCUCAAUGAAAAUAGCAAAUCGGGCGUAACGCCUUUCCACCGUAACCUUCUCGACUAUUUAGUCCGUCGAUUUAUGAUCCCAUUACACUGCUCCUUUGCCCACAAGGCCCGGACCAACCCGCUAUUCCAUUACUCCCUCAAAGUCAGCAUAGACGCUGCCAUGGCUAUUAUCUCUCCGGAGCCAGACGAAGCCUUCCACCGCCUAAUGAUCGUGGGAGGUGGCUUGUUUUAG